UAUCGCUGCAAUUGAUGAGUCUGCAUGAACUACGAGUCCACUCAACCCCACGACCUUGACAGAUUAACGUUAAACCAAAACAUACAACCACCCAUCCGACGAAUAACAAACCGAAAAUGUCCAUUCCCGCCCUCUUCUCCCUCGAAGGCAGCACCGCCAUCGUCACCGGCGGCACGCGGGGAAUCGGCCAGGCCAUGGCGUACGCGCUUGCGGAAGCGGGCGCGGACAUUAUUCUGAUCCAGCGAGACGAAUCCAACACCACCACGCGCGACGAGAUCACCACGCGCCUGCACCGCAAAGCCCACAUCCACGUCGCCGAGCUGUCCUCCCGCGACGCCCUCAAACAGAUCCUUCCCGCCGUGACCGCCCAGGGCUUCACGCCCAACAUCCUCCUCAACUGCGCCGGCAUCCAGCGCCGGCAUCCCAGCGAGCAAUUCCCCGAUGAGGACUGGGAUGAGGUCCUCAACAUCAACCUCACCUCCGUCUUCACCCUAUGCCGGGAAUUCGGCGCCUACCUGCUCGGCCGCGACGCCGCCGAGUUCGAAGCCACCGGCGGCCGCCGCGGCGCCAUCAUCAACGUCGCCUCGCUGCUCAGCUUCCAGGGCGGGAUCACCGUGCCGGCCUACGCCGCCUCCAAGGGCGGGGUGGCGCAGCUCACCAAGGCGCUGUCCAACGAGUGGGCCGCCCGCGGCAUCAGCGUCAAUGCCAUCGCCCCCGGGUACAUCGCCACGGAGAUGAACACCGCGCUGAUCCAGGAUGAGGCCCGCAACGCGGGGAUCAUGGCGCGCAUCCCCGCGGGGCGGUGGGGCAGGCCCGAGGAUUUCAAGGGGGUGGUGGUGUUUUUGGCCAGUGCGGCCAGUGCGUAUGUUUCUGGGGAGGUGGUUACGGUUGAUGGGGGGUGGAUGGGGCGGUAA